UACAAAAGGAUAGAGGCUCGUCAUCUCCGUCCCUCCCCAUCUUUGCACCCUCACUUUCCACCAACCACUCCCACGCCAGUCUCUCUUUCUCUCUCUAGAGUCAUUCAGUCAAGUACUGAACAUUAACGGAGAAACAGAAAUCGGCAACAAUGGCAGCUACAUUUGCUACAGUUUCGAAUUUAGGCUCACUCUCAGCUCCACGAGCUGCUGCAAACCCUACAUAUGCUUCUCCUAAGUUGGUGAAAUCUUCAUUCUCAUCGUCAAGUUUCUUUUCUGGCUCGUUGCGCCUCGCUACUUCAUUGAACCGUUCGGUUCUCAGAAAAACCGGCGCUUUAUCCGGGUCCAUUCAAGCCGCAGUGCAGGCGGCCGAGGUGCAAUCCAAAGUGACACACAAAGUUUAUUUUGAUAUUAGCAUUGGGAAUCCUGUUGGAAAGCUUGCUGGGCGAAUUGUAAUUGGAUUAUAUGGUGAUGAUGUGCCACAAACAGCAGAAAAUUUCCGUGCACUCUGCACAGGUGAGAAGGGUUUUGGCUACAAGGAUUCUGCAUUUCAUCGUGUUAUUAAAGAUUUCAUGAUUCAAGGAGGUGAUUUCGAUAAAGGAAAUGGAACCGGUGGUAAAAGCAUAUAUGGUCGUACCUUUAAGGAUGAAAACUUCAAGUUGACUCAUACUGGACCUGGAGUUGUUAGCAUGGCUAAUGCAGGCCCUAAUACCAAUGGAAGCCAAUUCUUCAUUUGCACUGUCAAGACCCCAUGGCUUGAUGAGAGGCACGUUGUGUUCGGGCAAGUUUUAGAAGGCAUGGACAUUGUGAAAUUGAUUGAGUCGCAGGAGACCGAUAGGGGUGACCGUCCAAGGAAGAGGGUUGUCAUCAGUGACUGCGGUGAGCUACCAGUGGCAUGAGGCGGGAAUACAAAUAUAAAGCACUUUAUUAUGUUAAGGCCCGUUGCCAGAUAUAAGAGGAUUCUCAGUACUGAGUUUUCAUCCAAAACCCGGCUUUUCCCUGUUCCUUUUUUGGGUCUCUGUAGGAUUUCGAAUUACAGGGUAAAAAAUUUCUUGCUAGUAGUGAGUAUGUUGUAUUCCUGUAACCUGGGCAGAUGCUAGUUUAGUUGACAUUGAAUAUACUAGAUGGUAAUAGACUUGUUGCUUCUAUACAACCACUGUUUGGAUUAUGUUUGUCUUGAUUAAUGUGAUGAAUUAGUGUUGCAUCA